AUGAAGAUCAAUUCCAGGGCUUAGUGGAGUUGUUCGAGUUACAUCUCUCGGAGAACAGAAUCGAGGCUUUACCUGACAAGAUAUUUGAGGGAGUUAAGAACCUCAAGGGCCUAAAUAUCUUAGGCAAUAAAAUACAAAAUGUCACCAGCACGACUUUCAGUAAUGCCCGGGAACUGCGAUUUUUGUUCAUGCACUACAACCUGAUGGCUGAGCUCCCCAAAGGCUUUUUUGGGCUUUUGCCGCACAUUAUCAGAGUAACUCUGGACACCAACCUGAUGUGCUGCCACCUUGAUCUUUUCAGGCAGGAUGCCGAUUGCGAAUUUGCCUUCAAUGAUAACUUCGCAAGCUGUCACUCCAUGUUCCGCAACCUUGCUCCAAGGAGAAGUCUUUGGGUUGUCGGCCUUCUUUCGUUGUUUGGGUCUGUGUUUGUAGUUGGGUGGCAGUAUUUCUUACCUGAUAACAAUAUGGUCCAGUCUAUUAUGUUGGUAAAUCUGGGUAUUUCAGACGGCAUCAUGGGUAUUUACCUCAUCAUUAUAGGUAUAAAAGACCUGCAAUGGUCAGGGGAAUACUACCUGCACGACUAUGAGUGGCGCACCGGCUGGUUUUGCCAUUUCAAUGGCGCCAUGUCUGUACUUUCAAGCGAGGUGUCUGUUAUGAUGAUUUCUCUGAUUGCAUGGGACAGGCUCAAGAACAUUGUGUUUCCUUACACGUUUGCAAAAAUUACACCAAGGCAGACCCGUAUUAUGUGUGUAGUUAUCUGGCUUGUGGGAGGCAUCAUGGCAUUCCUUCCGUUGUCUGGAAUGCGAUAUUUUGGUGACUGGUAUUAUGGCAAGAACGUGGUGUGCCUGCCCCUGCAACUUUCCCCGCAAUUACAAGAAGGCUGGGAAUUCUCCACUUCCAUCUUCAUCGUUUUAAAUUUUUCUCUUUUCCUAUUUAUUACGGUUGCUUAUGUUGCCAUCUUGUUGAAAUCAUGGUCGUCAAGCAGACGGCUGGGUGCGCAUGGAACUGUUCGUGAAAUACGAGCAAGAGCACAAAGCGCACAGGCCAAAAGAGAAAGAGCACUUGCCAAAAGAGUCUUCUUCAUUAUUCUGACCGAUUUCUUGUGUUGGAUACCAAUCAUUGCUAUCGGCAUUAAGUCGCACGUCGAGAAAACGUUUGAUCCACCUGGUGAUCUGGCAGUGUGGAUUGCAGUGUUCGCCUUGCCGAUCAAUUCAGCUAUCAACCCACUGCUGUAUACCCUUUCUACUCCACAGGUUCAAGCUGUUUUGAAAGCAAAAUUGAGGAAGGUGUGGUCCAAUGUUCGAUCGAUUUUCAGCAGUGGACAAAAUCAAGAAGGCACGGUGCUAUAUUCCAUUUAUACAUAUCAUAAUCAGACCUUGAAAGGGGGUAUAGAAGGAGUAAAUAAUCAGCAGGGACAGAUCGGAAAUGGACAUGAACACGCUAACAACGAAGAGGGAGAACAGAUUGAAAUGCAAGUAAUAGAACACAACGAAGUCCCAGAAGUGGAAGCCCCUGAAUUGCCUGCUCCGCAACCGGCAAUGGAACAAGCCUGUGGUGGGGAUGAGACUCCAUCUUCCUCAGAUUAUGAGGAUGAUUUUGAUAUCAGACCAGCCACUAAAAAGACUGUGGAAGUUGCUGUUCAUCAUGGUGAAAGCCAGCAUCGACGAAAAAGUCAAAAAGAAGUACAAGUUUCUGCAGGCCAAGGAGGAGAGACAAAGCCUGAGACUAAAGAGCUAGCUGAGGAAGCUGACAAAUCUGUGGAGCAGGUGGAGAGUGAAGAGAUUCCAAGGGCAAGUGACAAAGAAGGAGAAAAAAAGCUUGACACAGAAGAGCUAACUAAGGAAGCUGGCAAAUCUGAGGAGAAAGUGGAGAGUGAAGAAAUUCCAAUACCUAGUGAUGAAGCUCAAAAGGCAGAAGAAGAAGAAGAAGAAGAAGAAGAAGAAGAAGAAGAAAAGCGGCUUGAGCCUGACAUGGAGGACACAGAGAAAGGGGAAGAAGAGGUUUUUGAUACCAGACUUUAGUUCUUGCUUUUCGAACCAAGAGACCGUAAGGACUGAAGAAGAGAAUUCAAGAAUUCAAGAAGAAAUGGAAUUCUAGUAAUCAUUAUGUAGUGUCUGUGGAAGUAUCUUAGUCAAAACAAUCCUUUUUGUUUAUUUUCCCUUCGAUAAAAUAAUAACAUAAGUUAGUUAGCUGAACUAUGGAUUGCAUAACAUGCUAUUGAACAUAUUGGGCGCUAUCUCUGAAUGGGCGUGUGAUGGCAGUUCUGUCUUCAUUUCGGUUUGAUCUUGUCUGUUUUCUUUUUAAUGUUUAUUUUUUGUUUGUUUAUUUUAUUUAAUUUUUGUGUGUGUAUGUGUGUUGACUUUGACAAGUUUAACUACCUGUUAGUGUUUUUCUUU